AUGAGGCUCCUGCUGCUCUCGGCCUGUGCGGUGCUGGUGACCAUCUCUCCAUGUGAUGCCGUCAGCUUCCCGGAAGAUGAGGACCCGAUCAACGUUGUUGACUACCACUAUUCAAGGCAGUACCCAGUGUUUAGAGGACGCUCUUCAGGCAACGAAUCCCAACACAGGCUGGACUUUCAACUCAUGUUGAAGAUUCGAGACACGCUCUACAUUGCCGGCAGGGAUCAAGUUUACACUGUAAACUUGAAUGAAGUUCCAAAGGGAGAAGUUGUUCCGAGCAAGAAAUUAACAUGGCGGUCGAAGCAACAAGACCGAGAGAACUGCGCCAUGAAGGGCAAACACAAAGAUGAAUGCCAUAAUUUUAUUAAAGUCUUUGUUCCCAGGAAUGACGAGAUGGUGUUUGUCUGCGGAACAAAUGCUUUUAACCCCAUGUGCCGUUACUAUAGGUUGAAUACCUUGGAGUACGAUGGCGAGGAAAUUAGCGGCUUGGCGAGAUGCCCGUUCGAUGCCAGGCAAACCAACGUUGCCCUCUUUGCUGAUGGCAAACUGUAUUCUGCCACAGUCGCGGAUUUCCUGGCAAGCGAUGCGGUUAUUUACCGAAGCAUGGGGGACGGGUCAGCGCUCCGAACGAUAAAAUAUGACUCCAAGUGGAUAAAAGAGCCCCAUUUCCUCCACGCCAUCGAAUAUGGGAAUUUCGUGUAUUUCUUCUUUCGAGAGAUCGCGGUGGAGCACAAUAAUUUAGGCAAGGCCGUGUACUCCCGCGUGGCCCGCAUCUGCAAGAACGACAUGGGCGGCUCUCAGCGAGUGCUGGAGAAACACUGGACUUCGUUCCUGAAGGCCCGCCUCAACUGCUCCGUCCCGGGGGACUCGUUCUUCUACUUCGACGUGCUCCAGUCGAUCACGGACAUCAUCGACCUCAACGGGGUCCCCACGGUGGUCGGCGUCUUCACCACGCAGCUGAACAGCAUCCCCGGCUCCGCGGUGUGUGCUUUUAGCAUGGAGGACAUUGAGAAAGUAUUCAAAGGACGAUUUAAGGAACAAAAGACCCCCGAUUCUGUUUGGACAGCCGUACCGGAAGAAAAAAUACCGAGGCCGAGACCUGGUUGCUGUGCAAAACACGGCCUAGCAGAGGCUUACAAAACCUCCAUUGAUUUCCCAGAUGAAACCCUCUCUUUCAUCAAAUCCCACCCUUUGAUGGAUUCCGCCGUUCCGUCCGUCAUCGAGGAACCCUGGUUCACAAAGACGAGGGUCAGGUAUCGGCUGACUGCGAUAGCCGUGGACCGCUCUGCUGGCCCCUACCAAAACUACACCGUCAUAUUCGUUGGCUCUGAAGCUGGAGUGGUGCUUAAAAUCUUGGCAAAGACCAGACCUUUCUCCUUGAAUGACAGCGUCUUACUGGAAGAGAUUGAUGCUUACAAUCAUGCAAAGUGUAACGGAGACGGCGAGGAUGACCAGAGGGUCAUUUCCCUACAGCUGGACAAAGACCACCACACUUUGUUCGUCGCCUUCUCUAGCUGCGUCGUGCGGAUCCCCCUCAGCCGUUGCGAGCGUCACGGAUCGUGUAAGAAGUCCUGCAUUGCCUCCCGAGACCCCUACUGCGGCUGGCUGAGUCACGGGACCUGCGGAAGGGUGAAAUCGAGCAUGUUCGCUGGAGGGUACGAACAGGACGUGGAAUACGGCAACACGGCCCUGCUCGGGGACUGCCACGAAAUUUUGCCUUCUACAACUACACCAGAUUACAAAAUAUUUGGGGAUCCAACAUCUGACAUGGCGUUCUCCUCAGCCUCUAUUACCACAGUGGGAAGUAUCCCAGUUAUCUCACCUAAAGUGAUUGGUUCCUGGAAACCUAAAGUGACUGGCUCUCGGAAAUUUGUAGCUCAAGAUGACCCAAACACUUCUGAUUACUCUGAUCCAUUAUCAGGUGUCCCGAAGGGUGUAAGAUGGGAAGUGCAGUCGGGAGAUUCCAACCAAAUGGUGCACAUGAAUGUCCUAAUUACCUGUGUCUUUGCUGCGUUUCUGCUGGGAGCCUUUAUUGCGGGAGUGGCUGUCUACUGUUACCGGGAUAUAUUUAUGAGGAAAUCCAGAAAGAUACACAAAGAUGCAGAAUCGGCUCAGUCGUGUACAGACUCCAGCGGCAGCUUCGCCAAACUGAACGGGCUCUUUGACAGCCCGGUCAAGGAGUAUCAACAGAACAUUGAUUCACCCAAGCUAUAUUCAAAUCUGCUGACGAGCAGAAAAGAGCUGCCGCCAACAGGCGACACGAAGUCGAUGAUGAUGGUGGACCACAGAGGCCAACCCCCAGAACUGGCGGCUCUUCCAACCCCCGAAUCGACGCCAGUGCUGCAGCAAAAGACUUUGCAGUCCAUGAAAAGUCAGUUGAACAAAGCACAAAACAACCUCAGUGCUUCUAGGAAAGAAGCCCCUCUGAAGAGUCCUCAGUUUUUUCCAUCCAGCCCUCCGCCCCACUCUCCUUUAAGUCACGGACACAUCCCCAGUGCCAUCGUCCUCCCGAACGCUACCCACGAUUACAAUAUGUCCUUCUCAAAUUCUAACGCACACAAAGCAGACAAAAAGAUGCAGAACUUGGACCACCCACAUACAAAGCCGUCCAGCAAAAGAGACCACAGAAGGUCCAUCGAUUCCAGGAAUACCUUAAACGAUUUCCUGAAACAUUUGAACGAAACGCCGAACAACCCCAAAGCCAUCAUGGGAGACCUCCAAGUGGCUCACCAGACUUUAAAGCUGGACCCCAUGGGGGAAAUGUCAGAGAUCCCCCCGAAAGUCCCUAACAGAGAAGCGUCUUUGUAUUCUCCUCCAUCCACCCUUCCUCGAAACAGCCCAACAAAACGGGUGGACGUCCCCACCACCACACCCGCAGCACCAAUGACCUCUUUAGAAAGGCAGAGAGGCUAUCACAAAAAUUCAUCACAGAGGCAUUCUAUAUCAGCCCUCCCUAAAAACUUAAACUCGCCCAACGGCGUGCUGCUAUCCAGGCAGCCUAGUAUUAACCGCGGGGGAUACAUGCCUUCUGCUACAGGAACAAAGACGGACUACAUGCAAGGGACGCCGGUGAGCGUACACCUACAGCCUUCCUUGUCCAGGCAGAGCAGUUACACAAGCAAUGGAACGCUUCCUCGGACAGGAGUAAAGAGGAUGCCCUCCCUAAAACCCGAUGUGCCACCCAAGCCCUCAUUCGUUCCUCAGACACCUUCAGUCAGACCACUGAACAAGUACAGCUACUAAGACUUGCAUAUUCUCUCAAAAGACCCUGGGACGAUGUUGAGGGACAGAUGUUAAGGCAGAGACUUGCUUGCCCUCAAAAACGAGAGCAAGCAGCCAAAGAAGCUGUCUUUAACUUCGGUGCCAUCUUGUUUUGCCACACGUCUGGCUUCAAGCAAGACUCGAGUUGCUCGACAGAUUUUAAAAACAAAACAAAGGAAGGUGCUGGUCAUUACGUUUCUUUUGUUUGGAGCGGAGGAGACAUGUAGCACAAUGGGGGAGGGACUCGUUGACCUUUUGAAAGAGCUGUUCAAAGUACUUGGGGAAGAAAGACAUAAAAGAGAGAUUGGUGAGCAAAUACUUGAAAAAAUAUAUUAAAAAAUGGGGUUCAUUCGAGACUGCCAUAAUGCGUAGUCUUCCCAUGAAAUGUGAACAUUUUAAUAUGUAUGCAUUCGCCUUGCCUCUUGCACAAAUGUCAGAAAAUGAUAACGUCUCAAUAAGUAUGUUGGUUAAUAAGCAAUUUGCUGAUCUUCGGUCUCUAGUCCAAGUGUAG